GGGACCAACGGCUCUUUGUGCCUCUUCCCCGCAGGAGAGAGCUGCGAGGACAAGAGCCCCCCCGGGCCGGCCUCCAAGCGGGUGCGCACAGCCUACACCAGCGCGCAGCUGGUGGAGCUGGAGAAGGAGUUUCACUUCAACCGCUACCUGUGCCGGCCGCGCCGGGUGGAGAUGGCCAACCUGCUCAACCUGACCGAGCGGCAGAUCAAGAUCUGGUUCCAGAACCGCCGGAUGAAGUACAAAAAGGACCAGAAAGCCAAAGGCAUCAUGCACUCCCCCGUCGGACAGUCCCCGGACCGCAGCCCCCCCCUGAGCGGCCCAAACCACGUCGGCUACUCCAGCCAGCUCCCCAGCGUCAACAGCCUCAGCUACGACGCGCCCUCGCCCACCUCCUUCGCCAAAUCCCAGCAGAGCAUGUACGGGCUGGCCGCCUACACGGCGCCGCUGAGCAGCUGCCUGCCGCAGCAGAAGCGCUACGCGGGCGCGGAGUACGACCCCCACCCCAUGCAGAGCGGCGGGGGCGGCUUCGCCACCCCCAGCCUGCAGGGCAGCCCCGUCUACGUGGGGGGCAACUUCGUGGACUCGAUGCCGGCCUCGGGCCCCAUGUUCAACCUGGGGCACCUGCAGCACCCCUCCUCCGCCAGCGUGGACUACAGCUGCGCCGCCCAGAUCCCCGGCGGCCACCACCACGGACCUUGCGACCCCCACCCCACCUACACGGACCUCUCCUCUCACCACACCUCUCAGGGACGGAUGCAGGAGGCGCCCAAGCUCACGCAUCUGUAG